AUGCUCCGAAGGAUCACUGCUCUUCUGAGCACAUCGCUGCUUAUGCUGAGCGCCUUAAAGCCAGAAGGCUCACAGGAAGCCACACCACCAACGGUCAAAUAUACCGCAAAGCUUGAAGACGGCGUCCAGUGUCUUGACGAGAUCAACACUCCACGAGAGGCAGCCGGGUUGUCCAACUUCAAACAGGCCACCCAAAGAGCAGCACGAAUGACCAUGGUUAUCCCUGGCGGCAAAUUUCUCUCCCUUGCUCCUUCCACUCAAAGACAAGACGCAAAGAUUCAAGUGGCCUCAGGGGUAGACAGUCCGUUUAAGGAUGGAACGUAUGCAUUCAAAUCUCUCACUGAUGCACAACCCAGCUGCAACGAAACGGUCGAUUACUGGAAGGCAGCGUUCAAAAACUUCACUAUACUUCCGCUGUCAAAAAGUCAAGCCAACGGCCUGUACGACAAACAAGGCAACGUUUCCUUCGUGGCUCUCUACAACCCCUCAUCCACUGCCACUGCAGACUACCGGGUUGUGACGUGCACUAAGAAAACAGGCACAGCAACAGAUGACCAUGCAGAAUCUGAAGCGGAGAAAACCCCGGAAUAUGGCUAUGCACUGAUUUGCAAGACAAUGCCUGCUGCUCUUGCAGAUGAAAAUUCCGCUCCAUUCACGCAACAGCAGUGGGACGGGAUCGUCUUCUCGCUCACAGGUUCUGCAUCUGUCGCAGUCCCAAAACUUGUGGGCAUUUUCAUCCUCGCCGUUGGCAUGGUGGCACUGUGA